AGUGGUCAGUGGAGGCUAUGCUGUUGAGGCCAGUGAUGUAUGUAUGAAAUGGAGACUGCUGGAUCUGGACUGGUUGAGGAGAGGUUUGAGAACACCUGACCGUAGUGCACGUGCUGUUUCUGGCAGUUCGGUCAUCGUGGCGAUGGGCAGUUCGGCGUCGUCUUUAGCGACGGAGACAGAGUCGGAGCACGGCUUCAGCAGCGCCGCGUACCCUCCGGCGCCCCCGGUGGGCUGGAUGAGGAACAGUCACAGCAGCCCGGUGUGGGGGAGCACCUUCAUCACCCGGCAGCAACAUCCCAUAGCACACAGAGAGCGCAGUCACUCUCACUCUCCUGGCUCCAUGGCAGCAGUGGUGAGCUCUGAUUGGUCGUGUGGCCGCUGUACGUUCCUGAACCCCGGCGGUUCUCCGAGAUGUUCCAUCUGUGAGGCUCCGCGUCAUAAACCCGACCUCAACCACAUCCUGCGGCUCAGCGGCGCCCCCGAGCCGCGCUGGACCUGCCCCCGCUGCACUCUCACCAACCACCACGCUGCAGGGGCAUGCACCGUCUGCGGCUCUGCCCCCUCGGUCCCCAACGGCCCCACCUCACCAGCUCAGGCCCCGCCCACUUCCACAGUAGAGCCCACUUCCAGCUCAGAGCCGAGAGGACAGCAGGCCAAUGAGGAUUCCCGGGAGGCGGAGCCUAACGGAGAGGUCAGAGUGAAAGUGGGCGGGGAUUUGUCCUCAGGGUGGGCGUGUCCUCGCUGCACGUUAGUCAACACUCCAGUGGCGAUGUCCUGCUCUGCAUGCGGCGGCCCGCGGAAGCUUUCGCUACCCAAAAUCCCGCCUGAGGCGCUUGUCGUCCCGGAGGUCCGAACGCCUGUAACAGGGUUUCCUACGCAAACCGCAGGGGCUCCGAGCGCCCCGCCCCUUCUCAUCGACCUCACAGAGGACUCUCCACCUCAAGUCCCCUCCGAUUCACCAUCUCCGCCUCCUAACACUAACCCCGCCCCCUUUUUGCCACCAUCAUUCUCUUCCUUGCAAAACAACCCUGUUCCUCGCAGCAGAAGGGAAGUCCCGCCCCCUGGAAGGCCGCCAAACUCCACCCCCUCUCCUACAUCCCCCUCGUCUGCAGGCCCCGCCUCCAAACCUAAACCAGAGCAAACCUACCCUAUUAAACGGCUUAGCGUGUUGGAGGAGGAGGAGCCCAACCAUCCGACGGCUCCGGUUACAUCUCCACCUUCCUGGAAGUGUCCAGGAUGCUCCGCCCCUUCUGGUCCUUCUGUCUUAGCUGCUGGACGCUGCGAUGCAUGCAAGGGGUCAAGGUCAGGGUCGGGAUCAGGGUCAGGGUCAAGCGGUGAUGUCAUCGACGUUCUAGGAGAAUCGGUACGCUUCACACCAGCAUCACCAUCCAGCCCCGACUUCACUUCCUGGGCGUGUUCCAAAUGUACGCUAAGAAAUCCCACCGGUGCCGGUCACUGCACGGCCUGCGGAUCGUCCAAACUCCAUGGAUUCUCCGAACCCUGCACGUCCUGCUCACGCAAACAUGCGCACUCGCACCCGCAGGCUCGCGGAGGGGCUUCGGGGGCGGGGGCGGAGAAGGGCGGAGCCUCUCAGUGGGCAUGUCCGGCCUGCACGCUGCUGAAUGAGGGGCGUGUUAAGCACUGUGUUGCGUGUCACACAGCCCAGCAGUACCUGAGCCUGAAGCGCAGCGCUAAAGCCCUGAGGCGCAGGGAGAGCAUGCACGUGGAGCAACGGCGGCGCACCGACGAGGGAGAGGCCAAGGAACUGUGGGAGAACAUCGUCAGCUUCUGCAGGGAGAACGCGGUGAACUUCGUGGACGACAGUUUUCCCCCCGGUCCACGGUCAGUGGGCUUCCCCGAGAGUGACAGCGUCCAACAACGAAUCAAGAAGUGGCUCCGCCCCCACGAGAUCAACUGCAAUAACUUUAAGGACCGUGGGGUGAAGUGGUCUGUGUUCCGCACGCCCCGCCCAUCAGACAUCCUGCAGGGGCUUCUGGGAAACUGCUGGUUCCUCAGUGCUCUGGCGGUGCUGGCGGAGCGUCCUGAGCUGGUGGAGCGUGUGAUGAUCACCAGGUCCAUCUGCCCCGAGGGGGCGUAUCAGGUCCGGCUCUGUAAGGACGGGACCUGGACCACUGUGCUGGUGGACGACAUGCUGCCCUGCGACGAGUACGGAUACCUGCUCUUCUCGCAGGCUCAGAGGAGGCAGCUGUGGGUGGCUCUGAUAGAGAAAGCUCUGGCGAAGCUGCACGGCUCGUAUUUUGCGCUGCAGGCCGGUCGGGCUAUAGAGGGAUUAGCGACGCUCACCGGCGCCCCCUGCGAGAGCCUCAUGCUGCAGGUCAGCUCUACCAACCCGCGAGAGGAGCCCAUCGACACCGACCUCAUCUGGGCCAAAAUGCUCAGCUCCAAAGAGGCAGGCUUCCUGAUGGGGGCGUCCUGUGGGGGCGGGAAUAUGAAGGUGGAUGAUGUUGUAUAUGAGUCUCUGGGACUCCGCCCACGCCACGCCUACUCUAUACUGGACGUCCGGGACGUUCAAGGCUACAGGCUGCUGCGUCUGCGGAACCCGUGGGGUCGGUUCUCGUGGAAUGGUUCCUGGUCGGAUGAGUGGGCCGAUUGGCCGCAGCACCUUCGUCACGAGCUGAUGGCUCACGGCAGCAGUGAGGGCGUCUUCUGGAUGGAAUACGGAGACUUCAUCAAGUACUUUGACUCGGUGGACAUCUGUAAGAUCCACUCCGAUUGGCAGGAAGUUCGUGUUCAGGGCAGUUUCCCCAGCAGGGCCAGCGGACCACUCACUGUUACUGCACUCACUGUACUGGAGAGAACCGCACUGGAGUUCGCUCUGUUUCAGGAGGGCAGCAGGCGUUCAGACACUGCAGACAGUCACCUGUUGGAUCUGUGUAUCAUGGUAUUUCGGGCAUCCUUUGGCAGUGGGAAUAAGCUGGUUUUGGGCCGCCUGCUGGCCCACAGUAAGCGGGCAGUGAAGAAGUUUGUGGGCUGUGAUGUAAUGCUGGAGCCGGGCGAGUACGCUGUGGUCUGCUGCGCCUUUAACCACUGGCAGAUGAACGUCACGGGAUCCCCCACUCCAGUACCCAGUCCCACCAGUGGGCGGGGCCAGAGUCAGGACUUCCCCGGCUUCAUCCUGGCCAUCUACAGCAGCAGGCAGGUGAUGGUGGAGCAGGUGGACGCCACGGCAACCACGCUGGCUGACGCCAUCAUACUGCUGACAGAGAACAAAGGAGAGAGACAUGAGGGCCGCGAGGGAAUGACCUGCUACUACCUGACGCACGGGUGGGCCGGGCUAAUCGUCGUUGUGGAGAACCGACACCCAAAGUACUACCUCCAUGUAUCAUGUGACUGCACGGACAGUUUCAACGUGGUGUCCACCCGCGGCAGCCUCAAAACAAUCGACAGCGUUCCACCUUUACACAGGCAGGUGCUGGUGGUCCUGUCUCAGCUGGAAGGGAACGCUGGUUUCUCCAUCACACAUCGACUAGCCCACCGCAAAGCAGCGCAGGCUAAUCUGGGGGACUGGACCCCCACCAAGGCCACACACUCGCCCCAGCUCACCACGGACACAGAGGGGCUUCAUAAACCCCGCCCACUCUGACACACACACAGCCAUACACACACACACACAUUUGGAAGGUCAGGGUGAGCAUGCUGGAACUACUGAGCCAAUCACGUGUCUGCUCACUGAGCCAAGACCCGCCCACUGCAAACACACACACACAUACACACACACUGCACAAGGACAGAUGCACUCGCAUGCAUACAGCCAUAUUCAUACUUAAAUUACCACACACACACACACACACACUGCUAUAGAUGAGUGUGUGUAUACAGUACUGUGCAGAAGUCAGAGACCCCCUGCUUCAUUUAUUUAAUUUCUA